AUCUUUUAACUAUGAUUAUUUUUUAAUUGAUUAAUAUUUUGGUUAGAAAAAAAUGUCAGACGUAGCAGCACGGGCCGCCCAGGUGGACAAGAUGAAAACCCAGAUGAUGCAGGUUAUGGGUAUAACGGAUCCUUCAGAGUUUCAGAGAAUAGCAAGGGAUUACUGUAAAGAAAUGGCUGUGGAAAUGGCUCUACCUUUCUAUCACAGACUGUACUCAAGGUUGAGUAAACUAAUGGAUAAAACAAGAGAUAAGUUUGAUAAACUGGGCAGAGAGGAAAAGGUAGCAUACACACUCAAGCUGGCCAUGGAUGAUAACGAAGUUGUGGAAACCUUUAAACAAGCGUUUGAUGAACCUGAUUCAGAAAUGGCGGGGAAAAGUGUACAGCUGAGUGUUGAAAAGAGAAAUGCGGGAAAUGCCGCGUUUCAGAAAAAGAAAGAUGGCGAAGCUCUCACACUGUACACAGAGGCGGUUUUUUCUGCACCUGCAGGAGAGGAGGGGAAGAGAGAUAUCUCUUUGGGUCUUGCUAAUAGAUCUGCUGUUCUUAUAAAGAUGAAGAAGUAUAAAGAAUGCUUGGAAGAUAUUGAUGCCGCGUUAUAUUUUGAAUAUCCUGAUAAUAUCCGAUACAAACUCGUGGAUAGGCAGGCAAAAUGUUUUGCUGCUUUAGGAAACGUGUCCGAGGCAGUACGGUGUUACAAUCGUGUCAUCCUUCUACUCAAACAAUCAAACCUGGACACAGAUAAACAGAAGACAUGGAGACAAGAAGUAGACGCGGAGCUUGAGGUUUUAAAAACUCGAAAACAAGAAGAAGUUCAAAGAGAAAACAGUGAGAACCGGUUUCUUGUUGACAAUGUAAACAAAAGAAUUCCUCAGUUCAGUUCAGCUGUUGAACUGGUUUUCAAUGAACAAGUUGGACGCCACGGAAGGGCUACAAGGUAA